AUGGCAAUUGCAAAACAAAAGAUGAACACGAACAAAGAAGAUGCUCCCCAUGAGUUGGAAAGCCAAUUCAUAUUACGUCUACCUCCAGAACAUGCUUCUACUGUGAGAAGAGCAAUACAGUCCGGAAGUGUCAACCUGAAAGAUAAAUUAACCAUUGAAUUACAUGCAGAUGGACGUCAUGGAAUUGUCCGAGUAGACAAUGCCCCAUUAGCAGCUAAGGUGGUUGACCUGCCCUGCAUUACUGAAUCCUUGAAAACCAUUGAUAAAAAAACCUUUUACAAGACAGCAGAUAUCUGCCAGAUGCUAGUGUGCAGUGUGGAUGGGGAUCUUUACCCACCUCCAGAAGAACCAGUUGCCACUACUGAUCCGAAAGCAAGUAAGAAAAAAGAUAAGGACAGGGAGAGGAAAUUCAUCUGGAACCAUGGUAUCACUCUGCCACUUAAGAAUGUCAGAAAGAGAAGGUUCCGUAAAACAGCCAAGAAGAAGUACACUGAAUCACCAGAUGUGGAAAAAGAAGUAAAGAGGCUUCUCAGUACAGAUGCAGAAGCUGUCAGUGCCCGAUGGGAGGUAAUUGCCGAAGAUGAAACUCCGGAAGCAGACAACCAGGUUUCCUUAGCGGGUCUAGAUAUUUCCUCUCCAGGAAUGAGUGGCCAUAAACAGGGCCAUAGCUCCUCAAAACAUGAUGAACUUAGGGAGAUAUUUAAUGAUAUUAGCAGCAGUAGUGAAGAAGAAGAUGAGAGAGAUCCUAAUGAUGAUGAAGAUAUAAACAUUACUGACACUGAAGAAGACCUAGAGAGGUAUCUACAAGACAAGCUUGAUGAAUCUGAUGAGCAGCGCCAAGAAAACGAGGAAACAAAUCAGAUGAUCAUGGGAAUUCAGAAGCAGAUUGAUAGAAUGAAAUAUCAAUGA